GACGCCUUGGUCUCCGAGGGGUCUUCGACAGGACAAAGACAUCGGGGGCAGGCCGGAAGGUCAGAUGGGUCUAGAACGGCAUGGCUGGUGGAGCCCAAGUGGCUAGAGAAAGGGUAUCUCAUCUGGAAGUCGGAUGGCUUUUCUUUCGAAAGGGACUACCUGGUUCCGAGGGCCUCUAGGUCUUUCAACUCGUGCCGGCCAGUGAUGUCGUCCUUCUCCGACCAGGCUACCCUGGCCAAGCUACUGGCAGCUCAGCUCAGGGUCCCGCAGUGGGAUGGCAGCAAGUGGAUGCUCUCCGCAGACGUUCUGUUUGAGGACAAGCAGUUACUUGCAAUCUUCUCGGAACACAGUGAGCGCAACCUGAUUGCUUCUUUAGCCUCUGCCUCUGGAAUCGACAGAGAAAGACGAUCUUACAUAGGCAGAUGGCAUGUUGUGGAAGCAAGCGACGAGUACAUCAGGUCGGCGUGGAGCGUGGUUACCUCGCUGCAGUCCCACGUGGUUCAGGCCCUAUGUGACGACCGACAAGGUUUGGUCGACUUCAGCUUAGAUCUGAUAGAAGCGCGGUUGCUGGAGAUAGGCAUCGAGAGCCAGGCACAACAAGCAAUCCUCAAAGUAUGGAGCACACCAGCGGGCUGGCAGGCAUGGAGGGCGGCGCAGGUGUCCAGUUCAUCGACUACAUCAUCGUCGCUCCCGGACGUGCCCGAGAGGUCCAGCGCUGAGCAUGAAGCCUUCGCAUACUUUGUGACAGUGGUAGGGCACUGUUUCCCUCCCGAGAGGGCAGAGCCCGAGGAGGAGGCUUCAUCAAUUUCGUCCAGUACGGACGAUGAGACGGGCGAGGUCGUUGCUAAAGGACCUCAUCGCACUUUUCCGGCCAUGGCCGCACCGGUGGCUCUGACUGCAGCGCAGCAGGGGCAUGUGCAGAAGCUCGCGUCGGAUCUGCUUUUCCUUUUGCAGGAUGCGGGCGUUGUGUCCACGUUGCAAGCACGACUAGGAGAGCUGAACGUGGUCUCAGUGGCCUUGUUCGCGGGGCUUGAUGAGGACAGGGCUGAAGUUCGGGCGGCCCUGGCAAAGGACCUCCCUUUGGAUGUGACGGCAAGUACGGAGAACGGACUGGAGAUGGCAAAGCUUCUCACGGCCUGGGAGGCAGCACGGCUUCAGAUGCAGGCCAUACAGCGCAACCAGGCCGAGUCCAAGCUUGGGGUGCAGCAGCGUGUCUUGCGCCCUACCGAACAUCAAGCCAUGCGGCGAGCAGUGGAGGCAGUCCUGGGGGCGCUGCAGGACAAAGAAUGCCCGAGCAAACAGGUCAUCGCGAACAAGUUGGAGAUGAUCGAAUCUAAUAUGCCUUGCGCUGAGCUGCUGACAGAGAUAGCUUCGGUGGAAGAUGCCGAAACAGAAACUUUCGAAGCCAAGAUUGACCUAGUCACCAACACCUUGAAGAUCAAAAGCGGCAAGCAUACCGUCGCUGCGCCUUCCACUCCAGAAGAGCUACGUCUUCGUCACAGGAAGUUCAGCGAUUACAUCUUGGGUAACAAGGUGGCCGGCCUCGUGUCAGGUAAUCGCAGUCCACCUUGGAACUUGGUGCUCUCCUUUGAGCAUGAGGCAAGGAGGGCAGUGCACCGCUGGCUCCGUGACGGGGACUGCGCCAACUUCCAUGAUGCAUUCAAGAGGGCAACUUCGGAUGUGGAGCUCCUUAAUCGGCACUUGGUCAUUCCGUUCUCACUUAACGUUUCUUCGCCUGCUAUCCCCGCAUUCCCUCCUGUGCCGCCAGCGACCUUUGAGAGACCUCCUAAAGGCCCUGGCAAAGGAAAGGGAAAGACUGCAGCAAAGGCCACAGCUUCCGCUCAAGCAAAGUCCGGCAAGCUCACUAAGGCCACGGAUGGUACACCGAUCUGUUGGAAGUUCAACAGGCAAACACCCAUAUUUCGCGUGCAAGCAUGUGAAGCGGCCAGCCGGCGCGGUGACCAACGCACCGGACGCCGCUCCCUGACAGAUGACGACCGACGAGGUCAGAACCUGCUGUCGGAUGACGUUUGGCUGCCUCUUCUGCGGAGAAUCAAGAAUGGACCUAAGCCUCUGCGAAGCAGUGAUUGGCCCACUGGAUUUCCCUUGUUGAAGGGCGCAGACAAGCUCAAGGUGGACGAGGGCACGGAGUUCAUUUCCCGUUCGCUGGAGAUUAUCCAAGUGGCUCACCAACAUCGUGUUCCUUGGCUCAUCGAGCAUCCAGAAGAUCUCGGGCCCACUGCCCGCGGCACCCCAGCAUCCAUCUGGUCCUGGGAAGUUUCACGGCGCAUCUUUGUCAAGCUGCAAGCCACCACUGUUGCUCUGCAUCAAUGCGCGUAUGGCUCAGACUUUCGCAAGCCUACCCGCUUCACGGGAACGUGGCAUGGUCUGCCUACUCUGGGCUUUCAGUCUUCAGAAAUGGGCAGUACGGGGACAGCACCUACCGCGGCCUACGGCCCUGGCCUCUGCAAAGCUUUGGCGGUGCUGGCUCUCAAAACCGCAGCCUCUUCCAAGUCGAGAAAGGGGGGUGAGAUCGCUACGGAUGAGGCUGUGUUGACUUCAGCUUCGGCUACGCCCUUGGAGGAUGUGGAGAAGCUGGCUGCCAGUCUCCUGGACAAGGGUGCAGCCCCUACCAAAGAACAGCUGCUGCAGAUCUUUGAGCUCCUCCCAGGGGAGACGCCUUCGAGGGGCCAGGCGGAGGAAGACUCCAAAUCGUUCAUUGUUGGAUCUUAUUCCAUUGGAGGCGGGCUGGCUGGGAUCAGACGGAACACGAGAAGUUUCCUCUCAGUGACCAGGCUUCUGUGUGGCUUUGUCAAAUCUUUGGCAGAAGACUUUCUUUUCUCUUGUGUGGGGCUCUUUAGGAAUCUCCGCACUAGGCCCCACAAAGAUUCUGGUAACCAAAAGGGGACCUUGAAUUUGGUGACAGCGCUCGAGCCUUUCGUUGACGGCGGCAUUUGGGUGCAGUCAGAUCGGGGCACCCAUCCAUGCCCCUUCGAGGAGAUCGCUGACAAGGGCACUUUGCUGGGUCUGGAGACCGGACAUGUCGUCUUUGAUUCCCGCAGGCUGCACUGCACUCAAAGCUGGAAGGGAAGACGUACCGUCCUAGUGGCUUUCACUUCGCGCUUAGGCCCGGCCCUUUCGCUGGAAGACAGGGAUUGGCUUGGCGACCUCGGGUUCAACCUGAAGGAGAGCGGAGAUGAACGGGAUGACCCGAUGUGGGACAAGGCGUCCCGAAAGAGGCCACCUGACACGGCCGCGAGCGGCGGGAUGGAGGAGUUGACGUCGGGCCCGGAUUCAGAGGACGAAGAAGACUCUGGAUCCACGUCUGAGGAGGAUGAAGACGGUCACGUCAAGCCAAAGAGAGGAGACGGGGUGCUGGGAUAUGGCGAAUUCAUGGACGUGCUCCUCAAGCUCAUCGGCGAGAGGGUGGAUGCCAGGAAGAUAGCUUGUCUUCUUGCCACGGGCAAAUGCAAAUCCUGCCCCUUCCCUGAGGGCCUGAUUCUGGCGGGAAGGGAGCUCCUCUUCUCGAAGCUGCGGGCCUGGGGUUCACAGGAGCCACUGGGACAGGUUCCCGAGAGACAGCCCUUCUUCCUGUACGCCAUCUUGGAGAUGCUAAGACUGGCGGAUGAUCCGGACUGGAGGCAAUACACGGUAGCCACGCACUCGUAUGCUGCUGGAGUGCCCCUGCGGGUUGAUUACAGGAUGCCGCGUAAUCCUGCGCUCUUCGGGCGGAAGCUCAAGCACCGGGAUUACACAGGCCUCGGGGGGGAUCCGGGCGGCAGCUGGAGAGAGAACUACAGUUCAGUGGAGCCCUACGUGGAACAAGUGGAAAAGCAAUUCGAGGACGAGAUCCGCUUGGGGUCCAUGAUAAAGCUGGAACCAGAAGAGGCGGUCCGGCGAUUCGGCUCCAAGCUGGCAGUGGCAUCUCUAGGAGCGGUGCCAAAGCCGGACAAGACGGUCCGAGUCGUCUUCGAUGCCACCCAUGGCCAGCACAUCAAUGACUCCGUCCGAGUUCGUGACCAGCAAUCUCAUCCGACUGGGGCGGAUCUCAAAGCCACAUUGGAAUCCCUGCCUUUCGCCGCUUUCUCGCUCAGCGGGGAUGUUUCCCGUGCGCGCAGGCUCAUACGGGUCAGGGAAGCAGAUUGGCCCCGACAAUCGUGUCGGGCACGGAAGGGCGGGAGUAUCUUUACAAACGCUGUCGGAACGUUCGGAGUAGCGUCAGCGAGCUACUGGUGGUUCCGCAUGAUGGCAGGACUCGGCAGACUCCUCUACUAUGCUCAUGGAAAGGACGAGACCACCCUCCUUUCUUACGUCGACGACCUCUUAUGGUUGACGCAGUCAGCCGAUGGUUUGGUGCGCAUCGUGGCAUCCAUCUUGCUACUCACCAUUCUUGGCAUGCCGUUUGCGUGGCACAAAUUUUCCGGGGGCAAGGAGCACGACUGGAUCGGGUUUGCGCUUUGUGUCCCCUCACGCACCAUUGGAAUCUCGCUUUCGAGGUCUGACUGGAUUGUCAACUGGAUUCGGAAAGUGAGAGCGGAUGGUAUGGUACGUAUUUCGGAUCUUAAGUCUGUGCUGGGCAGGCUUUCAUUCGCAUUUUCUGUGAUACCUCUUCUUCGGCCGUUUCUGGGGCCCAUCUAUGCGUGGACCUCGGCCACUCAAGCGCUGCGCACCCUCAGGUUGCCAAAGGCCAUCGAACUGAUCCUGAGCUUUCUGCAGACGUGCCUGGAGCAGGGCAUGCGUCGGGUCACGAUCGGGCGGCAGCUGGGUCCGGUAGCAGAGCUCUUCAGGACGGAUGCCAGAGCACAAGGCAGUGAGCUCUGGGUAGGAGGCUGGUGUUGUGCGGACGAUCCUGACCCCCGAAACUGCAGGUGGUUCAGCGAAAGGAUCGAUCAUCUGAAGUUCCCGAUCUUUUACAUGGCGGGGCAAUCCUACCGGUCCAUCUCUGCUCUUGAGCUGCUGGCUACGCUGAUUGCAGUGAUCUUGCUUAAACCGGAGGGGAAGGCUUCUGGGGUCAACGUUUGUUCGGCUUCUACCGACAAUCGCGGCAACUCCUUUGUCACGGCUAGGUGGCUCACCACGGCUUUCCCUCUCAAUGCCGUGUUGAUGGAGUUGGCGGCGGUCCUGCAAAAGAACUCUUUGGCCCUGGAGUUGCAUUGGGCCCCGAGGCUGCAGAACAAACUGGCGGACGCACUGUCAAAUGGUGUUUACUCCGCUUUUGACCCUCAGCUGAGAUUGCGGUUCGACUUCGAAAGUUACAAGUCGCUGGUACUGCAUGAACUCAUGGGCUUGGGUUCGGAGCUGUACGGUGAAAUCAAAGAACACAAGGCAAAGCUCGUCUCGAGAAGAGCGGUCAAGCUAAGAAAAGGUGAGCGGCUCAGGGAUAAUGAUCCUUGGAAAUAG